AUGCCCGUCAUCAAAGAGAUACCGCACCGCGACGACCUCCGCGACUACAACUACGCAGUUGCCGGCCAUGCCGGCACCAUGUGCAGCGCCGAUGGCGAGAUGUUUAUCAAGCCCUGCACGCAGUCCGAGAUUGACUUUUACCAAUCCGCAAACCGAAGACACCCCGAAUUUGCCGACCUGAUGCCUUUGUUCAUGGGAGACCUGUCGCUCACCGACGCCGCCGACACGCACAUCAACGAGGCCGUCGCAGGCGUCAUCUCGCAGGCUGGCGGCAUCGAGACCGCCAAGGAACAAAUCGCCGCCACCGUCGCCCAGCAGGUCGCCCUCGCCGCCCCCGAUGCCUCCAAAGACAGCGUGACUUGGGUCCCUAGCAAAGACAACAAGAUCAAGACGGACAAGGCUGUGGUGCUGGAGAAUGCGACGUACGGUUUCAAGAACCCCAACAUCCUUGACGUAAAGCUGGGCGUGCGGUUAUGGGCCGACGAUGCCCCCCUGCAAAAGAAGCAGCGAUUCGACAAGAUUUCCUCUGAAACCACCCACGGCAGCCUGGGUUUCCGGAUAGCAGGCAUGCGAGUCUUCCGCGGGUCGGAGGACGCUCUCGAGCUGGACGAGGAGGAGUACAAGAUCUACGACAAGGACUACGGCCGGGUAACGGUCACUAAUGACAAUGUGGUCGACGAAUUCCGCAAGUUUGUCUUUAACAACGCCGCCGGUAUUGAUAAAGAGCUCGGUCGCGCCGUCUGCGAGGCAUUCGCGCGGGACCUGCGACGGGUUGAAGACAUCAUCUCACGACAUGAAAGCCGCAUGUACUCAUCAUCGCUGCUCUUCAUCUUCGAGGGUGAUGGCGAGGCCCUGCGCAAUGCCAUCGAGGAUAAUAACGCUCUCGUCGACUCAGAGGCUGGCAUUGGCCAGGCGGCCCGGACCACCAAGAGAGUUGAUAGUGGCAUCGCUCUUGACGAGGACGAGGACGUAGACGAUGACUCAGACAUUGAGUCCUCGCUGCCACAAAUCUACGCGUUGAAGCUGAUCGACUUUGCACACGCCGCCUGGACACCCGGCCUGGGCCCGGACGAGAACUCCCUGACUGGCGUGCGGAGCCUGGCUCGCAUCUUCGAGGAGAUGGCACAAUAA